GCGGCGGCGCACAUGGCCACCGCGCGCGUCGGCGCGUGCCUGCUGGUGGCGGUGAUGUGCCUCUCGUGCGGCGCGGCGGCCGCGGCGAGGUCGCCCGAGGCCAGGAUGCACCGCCACCUCAAGCGCCUCAACAAGCCCGCCGUCAAGAGCAUCGAGAGCCCUGAUGGGGACAUCAUAGACUGCGUGCACAUCUCGCACCAGCCGGCCUUUGACCACCCAUACCUCAAGAACCACACUAUCCAGAUGAGGCCGAGCUAUCACCCGGAGGGUCUGUACGACGAAUCCAAGACCUCCUCUGCCGAUGGCGAGAAGCCUAUGGUUCAGUUGUGGCACCAGAAUGGCAGGUGCUCUCCGGGCACCGUCCCUGUCCGGAGAACAAAGAAGGAUGACCUGCUCCGGGCAAGCUCGUUCCGGCGGUAUGGAAGGAAGCGGCACACCGUGGCGAACCCGAUGUCCGUCGACCCCGCCAUGCUCAACGAGGGCGGCCAUCAACACGCGAUAUCGUACGUUCAAGGCGAGAAGUACUACGGCGCGAAGGCGACGAUCAAUGUCUGGGAUCCCAAGAUCGAGCAGCCCAACGAGUUCAGCCUGUCCCAGCUGUGGAUCUUGGGGGGCUCCUUCGGGGAGGACCUCAACAGCAUCGAAGCUGGCUGGCAGGUUAGCCCUGACCUCUAUGGGGACAACAACACAAGGCUGUUCACCUACUGGACCAGUGAUGCGUACCAGGCCACAGGUUGCUACAACAUACUGUGUUCAGGGUUCGUUCAGAUCAACAGUGAGGUGGCCAUGGGAGCCAGCAUCUUCCCCCUCUCAGGCUACUCCGGCUCACAGUAUGACAUCAGCAUACUAAUCUGGAAGGAUCCGAAAGAGGGACACUGGUGGAUGCAGUUCGGCAAGGAGUACGUGUUGGGGUACUGGCCGUCCUUCCUCUUCUCGUACCUAGCGGACAGCGCGUCGAUGAUCGAGUGGGGCGGAGAGGUGGUGAACUCGCAACCCGAUGGUGUGCACACGUCGACGCAGAUGGGCAGCGGGCACUUCCCGGAGGAGGGGUUCAGCAAGGCGAGCUACUUCAAGAACAUCCAGGUGGUGGACAGCACAAACAACCUCAAGGCUCCCCGGGGCCUGGGCACGUUCACGGAGCAGUCCAACUGCUACGACGUGCAGAACGGCAACAACGGCGACUGGGGCUCCUACUUCUACUACGGAGGCCCUGGCAGGAGCUCCAACUGCCAGUAG